AUGACAACCCCUAAGCCCAAUAUUCUUGUAGUCCUCACCUCUGCCGAUAAAGUCCCCAAGACUGGAAAACAGAUCGGAUGGUACUUGCCCGAGCUUGCACACCCAUUUCACGUUCUCAACCCUCGCGCUGAACUCAUCUUCGCAACUCCAAAGGGCGGCGAAUCUCCACUCGAUCCUGUAUCCGUGGAGCUUUUCAAGGAUGAUCCCGUGUGUAAGGACUUCCUCGAGAACCACGAGUCAGUUUGGAAGAACACUCUCAAGCUGAGCGACCUAGCUGGCCGUGCCUCGGAGUUCGAUGCAAUUUUCUACCCGGGCGGACACGGCCCGAUGGUAGACCUUGUCCACGAUGAGCACUCAAAAGACCUCCUCCGCGAUUUCCACUCUCAGGACAAGAUCAUUUCAGCUGUGUGUCACGGGCCAGCUGCUUUUGUCAAUGCAACUGCAGCAUCGGGAGAAUUGAUCUUGAAGGGCAAGCAGGUCACAGGUUUCGAUGACGUGGGCGAGGAACUGUUCAAGUUCACGGAUGAUAUGGACUUUAGUCUUGAGAAGAGGUUGGGUGAAGCUAGUGGCGGCAAGUAUGUGAAGGCCGAUGAAGGUCCGCUUGCGGAGAAGGUUGUUGUUGAUGGGAAGAUGAUUACAGGACAGAACCCAGCGUCGUCUAAGGGUGUCGCUGAGGAGAUCGCCAAGGCGCUUGGAGUUGCUUGCCUGGCUGACACGAGCAACAGCGAGAUAGAUCGGCUGAGAGAACGAGUGAGAGAGCUAGAACGACAACUUAAGGAUAUGAGUAUUCCAACGCCGCCAGAUGAGGAGUUGUCGCGUUCCAUGUCAAACGAUUCGUCUCGGAGCUUGGUCUCACAUAAUAACGAGGGAGUUCAACUCGACACCACGACGGCCGUUCAGUCAUCGGCUACCAGUACUCAAUUCUACGGGCCGUCAUCCACGUACUAUUUCAUCCAUUGUAUCAACUCGUGCCUUAAAGCUAGUGACUUGAUCCUGAACAACGACCAAGAGACUCAUAACUUGAUACCCAACUCUGCAAGCAGGUCUAUGGUGCAAGUGAUCUGUACUCCCGAUCCCGAGUCAGAUGAACGCCAACCCUCGGGAAACUCGGUGCCGACCAGAGUCACACAUGGGUUAACUGAAAGUACUUUGUCUGGGAGAGACUUGUCAGCAACUCAAGAAGCCUUCUUUCUUGACCUCUUCUGGGACUCAUGGCACUGCUGCUACCAACUUCUCGACGAGGCAGAGUUCAAGGAGCACUACAAGUCACUAUGGGAUGAGCCAAACGGCAACACAAGAAGAGACUCCCCUCUUGUUGACAUCGUCUUGGCCCUUUGUAUGCAAUUCGGCGUCACCUCGCUUCCACGUCAGAGUGAUUACAAGGCAGAGAUCAACUCUCGCGACGCAGCUGUUGCAGGCCGUUGGUUGUACCAACGCUGCCAAAGACUCAUAUCGUGUGACUUGGAGCGGCCUGCACUCGAGACCUUCCACUGUCAACUGUGGUCUGCAAUUUACCUGGCCAAUGCUUCUUACCAGAACAUGGCUCAGAACAUGCUCGGUGUUGCAGCGCGCACAGCGUAUACACUGGGGUUGCAUAUUGACCUAGGAGAAGACCUACCCGUCAAAGAAAGAGAAAUGCGGAAACGAGCAUGGUGUAUCCUAUUUAUGACUGAAACGAGAUCCUGUAUUCGUCUAGGUCGUCCUUGGGUUACCCAAUCUCAACAGAUCCUACCAUUCUUACCUACUGGCGAACAAGGAAAUGUUGCAAGUUGCGUUAAUCAGUUGAGCUACACUACAGAGAGAGCGAAGCUCACCGAGAUAGCCCGUUCGGCCUUUGACGACACGUUUAAUCACCGAUCCAGAGCCAUGACUACAAUGUAUACUCCCGAAGCAGUCCCUCAAUCUCACAGUCUUCCAAGAGCGCUUACUACUGGUAUGGAUAAGCUUCGCGCUUGGGCUGACGCUCUACCUCAGGUCUUGAAGACGGAGAGACGCUGUGGCGGGAGCCCUCUCUCCACUGACCUCUCGGAGAUUGAGAUCGAGACUUUUGCACCCAUCUGGUUGCGAAGGCAGCGGUUGAUGCUUGAGCUGUUCUAUCAUGAAUUGAUGCUCACACUUGGAAGGCAUUGCAUAAGCCAAUCCUUGACUCGUUCUGAUUACACUAAAGCCUGCUUGGAUCCUCAAGCGGUAGAAGUAGCAGACCUUUCAGCUCUACACGCAGCAGCAACGACAAAGCUUUUGAAUCAGGUGUACCAAGAAUACGAUAUCUUGAAUGGAUGGUACGAGCCGUUCAACUGUCAAUGGAACGCAGCAAUAACACUCGUUGGCUAUCUCUUGGCAAGUCAUAACGAUAGCCCCGUCACAUCGGUCGCUCGGACGGCGCUCUCAGAAAGUAUCACAGUGUUGGAAAGAAUGGGAGAGUUCUUUGGCACAGCUUCAAGUGCGGCUGGGGUGAUACGGACACUCCACCAGAAGCUCCACACAUCGGUUGGAGUGCACGUUGCUAUGGACAACAGCACCAUAAUAGCUGACCCAGAUAUCGACUUUGGCGAAUUGGGGGCUUUAGACAUGUCAUUUGAGGGUAUACUAGGGACUUUCGGCACAGAUUCUGAGUUUGAGAGUCUUGGGUUUGGCAUUGAUGUGCAAGCUCUUCUAGCUAAUGAUGAUGAGAAUGCGGCUGCAGUAUGA